AUGGCCUCCAAGGAAUCUGUUCCAUCACCGGUUCAAGAGGUUGGCUAUCGCCCUGAUGGCGAGAAGCCCACGGCUACUGUCUCUAAGGAAGUCUCUUAUGAGAAUGUCCACGUGCUGCCUCAAACCCCUCAAUUGAUUGCCCUUCUGACGAUGAUUCGCGACAAACGAACCGAGCGUGCAGAUUUCAUUUUUUACUCGAACCGAAUCAUUCGACUUUUGGUGGAAGAGGGUCUGAACCACUUGCCUGUGGUUGAGCAAUCAGUCACUACCCCAGUUGGACGGGACUACUUGGGAGUGAAGUUCGAGGGAAAGAUCUGUGGUGUGUCCAUCAUGAGAGCUGGUGAGGCUAUGGAACAAGGCUUGCGAGACUGCUGCCGCUCGGUUCGCAUCGGCAAGAUUCUCAUCCAGAGAGAUGAGGAGACUUGCAUGCCCAAGCUCUUCUAUGACAAGCUGCCCACCGACAUUGCUGAUCGCUGGGUUUUGCUUUUGGACCCCAUGUUUGCAACCGGAGGAUCCGCAACCUUGGCAGUGGAAAUUCUGAAGGAGAGAGGCGUUCCCGAGCACCGAAUCCUGUUCCUUAACCUGAUCGCUAGUCCCUCUGGUGUUGCUGAAUUUGCUGAACGAUUCCCCAAGCUGCGUGUGGUCACAGCAUUUAUUGACGCGGGACUUGACGAGAAAAAGUACAUCAUUCCUGGAUUGGGUGAUUUCGGAGAUCGAUACUAUACACUGUGA